AGAAAGGGCAAGUAUAUACAUGAGUCACCUAUCCUACAAAAGCGAUCGGCGAUAUGUAGAUGGUGGCUAGGCAUACGGAACCUAAGAUUCUGGUCAAACUCCGUGACGAUUGGACACGUGUGAGGGAUGCAAGGAGGAAUAGCAGCAAGCGCAAAGGUGGUGAUUGCAGCAUGUCCCAUCUUUUGUCUCGUCAUGGGCACAACCGCACAAGGAAGUCGAGCUCUGAGCGACAGUUGCGCAAGAGGCCCCGGCAGCCCGCGUCGCCUUCUCCUUCGCGGGGCGCAUCCCAGCCUAGCGAUGAGCCUGGUCCUUCGAGCCGAUCCAGACGUGCGCCGGUGCGAGACGCUGGCGAUGAGGAAUGGGGAACAAAGCUAGCCGACCUCGAAGCGGAGGAUUUCUCGCAUCUAGCCGAUGGCUGGGAGCGCUUUCAGUCCUCAUACGAGCAGGAGCUCGCAUAUGAAGAGGCGGGCAUGCCAUUCGAAGCGGGCUCGGCAUCAAAAGCAUCUCGCUACGCGGCGCUACAUGGUGGUGCUUACGGGGCCUACGAAGACGCGGCCAUGCCGAAAGUCGAUAUACCAAAGCGCUACAUGGAUAAAUUAGGAAAUACUGGUGCAGAUUUUCUCAAGCGUGGCGGGAUGGACAUGGACGACGAGCAGUAUGCUGAAUAUGUCCGCGAGGGCAUGUGGCGCCGAUCAAAUGCGUCAUAUAUACGCGAUCAGGAGGAGCGCGCGCGACAGGAAACCAAGAGAAAGGCUGAGAAGGAAGAGAAAGCGCACCGGCGACGGGAAAGGGCAAAGCGACGAGAAAAGGAGGCGAAGAGGCAGCGGUUUGAGGAAGAGCAAUUUGCGCUGCGAGAGGCUCGCAAGAAGUGGGAGGAUAGAUGGACGCAGUUGAGAGCUGCGAAGGCUGGCGAAACCACGGAUCCGCUUUGGUUUAGCGACCUCCCGUGGCCGUGCCUGUCGAUGUGGAAUGGAGAUCUCAAUCCAGUGUUGACAAAGGAAGCCAUUUCGCGGUUUCUCUUAGCGCCGGACGGCUUGGACGCCGACAAAGCAGCAUCCGCGGCUUCAGCCCGGACGCGUCUUCGAACCGCACUACUGCGGUAUCAUCCCGAUCGCUUCCUCUCAGCGCCAUGGUACGCUCGUAUUCCAGAAGCGAGCCAUCUGCGCGAGAAGGUUCGAGAAUGCGUGCUGCAAAUUGCUAGAAUCUUGAACGAGCUACAGGCAGAGCAGCGCGAGAAAGAAGCCAGUAAAGGUCAUGUGCCAUAGAAUGCACGGCGCUGGCACUUUAUGAAGAACAUGCAUUGCAAUUUAAGCAUUUUCC